ACGCUGCGGGUGCGGGACUGCCGGGGCUGCACCGUGCUCUGCGGGCCUGUUUCCACCUCCGUGCUGGUGGACGGCUGCAGCGAUUGUCUCCUGGUGCUGGCCUGCCAGCAGCUCCGCACCCAUCGCACCCGCGACAGCCGGUUCUAUGUCCAUGUUACCAGCCGAGCUGUAAUCGAGGACUGCACUAAGGUCUCCUUCGCCCCCUAUGCCUGGAGCUACGCUGGUAUCGAGAGGGAUUUCGAGUCUUCUGGGCUGGACAGGAGCAGAAACAACUGGAACCUGGUGGAUGACUUUGACUGGCAACAGUACAUGAUCUCUUAG